AUGAUCAGCCUCUUUUUGCAAAAUGUGCGUGGGCUGCGCUCAGAGCUCAAGAUACGGGGAAUAUUAGGCGAUUAUGACGUUCUCGUGGUACAAGAGACUAAAUGGGAUGACACCCUUGUAAACAGAAUUAAGGCAUCAUCGAAAGGGCAGGUGUUUGCAAGUAAUGGGCAAGGUCGGGUCCGUGGGGUUGCAACCCUGUUAAGGGGCGGUAUAUUUGAAGCUGUCAGAAUGGACGUGUCUGGGAAUAAUACUUUUAAGGUGGACACGAGCAGGAGGGCACUGUUUGAUUUUAUAAGAGGCAAGAAUAUGGUUGAGCUGUGGAGGGCGCUCAAUCCUCACAAACAGCAGUUUUCGAGAGUCCAGGUUUUAAAAGCUCAGCUAAAGCAGUCUAGAAUUGAUCUCUGCCUGGUAGCAGAAGACGUGAUGAAAGGGGUGCUGGGAAUGGAAUAUCAGGAGAGUUGCUGGAGUGACCAUUUCUCCAUGGUGUUGCGGGUGGGACGGGGGGGAGCUAAGAGAAAUGGAGGCUCCUGGUGCUUCAAUAAUACUUUCCUCCAGCAGCCCCCCUUUGUCCGGAAGAUG